AAAUGGUGCUCGCCCUCCUCAGGUAGAAGCUGGGGAACAAAAAAAGGCAGACCGCGGAAAGAAGAAAAUGAAGGAAGGGGCCGGCGAUGGAGGGCGGACGGAGCUGAAUCCCUGGCCUGCAUUUAUCAAUGAGCGUUUAGAGAUGUAUAAUAAACUCAAAGCUGAACAUGAUGCACUCCUCGCAGAAAGAGCUGCAAAUGACAGUAAACCCAUUAAAGUUACAUUACCUGAUGGCAAGCAGGUUGAUGCUGAGUCCUGGAAGACUACUCCUUAUCAAAUCGCUUGUGGAAUUAGUCAGGGCCUAGCUGACAACACUGUUAUUGCUAAAGUGAACAAGAUGGUUUGGGAUCUAGACCGUCCUUUGGAGGAGGAUUGUACCCUGGAGCUGCUUAAGUUUGAAGAUGAAGAGGCUCAAGCAGUAUACUGGCACUCAAGUGCUCACAUAAUGGGUGAAGCUAUGGAGAGAAUCUAUGGUGGCUGUUUGUGCUAUGGCCCGCCAAUAGAAAAUGGAUUUUAUUAUGACAUGUUCCUUGAGGAAGGGGGUGUAUCAAGUAAUGACUUCUCUGCUUUGGAAACAUUAUGCAAAAAGAUAAUGAAGGAAAAACAAGCCUUUGAAAGGCUGGAAGUUAAGAAGGAAACGCUACUUGAAAUGUUUAAGUAUAAUAAAUUCAAGUGUCGCAUCCUGAAUGAGAAGGUCAAUACUCCAACUACAACAGUAUACAGGUGUGGUCCCUUGAUAGAUUUAUGCAGAGGGCCUCAUGUCAGACAUACUGGCAAGAUAAAGACCAUAAAAAUUCAUAAGAAUUCUUCUACCUAUUGGGAAGGCAAGGCUGAUAUGGAAUCCCUCCAGCGGAUCUACGGAAUUUCAUUCCCUGAUGCAAAAAUGCUGAAGGAAUGGGAGAAAUUCCAGGAGGAGGCUAAAAAUAGAGAUCACAGAAAAAUUGGGCGGGACCAAGAACUGUUUUUCUUCCAUGAGCUCAGCCCUGGUAGCUGUUUUUUCUUGCCAAAAGGAGCUUACAUUUAUAACACAUUAAUUGAAUUCAUCCGGAAUGAGUAUCGAAAACGUGGAUUCCAGGAGGUUGUCACUCCAAAUGUUUUCAACAGCAAACUAUGGAUGACUUCGGGGCACUGGCAGCAUUACAGUGACAAUAUGUUUUCCUUUGAAGUGGAGAAAGAAAUUUUUGCUCUGAAGCCUAUGAACUGUCCAGGACACUGCCUUAUGUUUGAUCAUCGUCCAAGAUCAUGGCGUGAGCUGCCAUUGCGGUUGGCUGAUUUUGGUGUUCUGCAUCGCAAUGAACUGUCAGGAGCUCUUACAGGACUCACUCGAGUACGUCGGUUCCAGCAGGACGAUGCUCACAUAUUCUGUGCUAUGGAGCAGAUUGAAGAGGAGAUAAAGAGUUGUCUGCAGUUCUUGCGUACUGUGUAUGAUGUCUUUGGAUUUACCUUUAAACUAAAUCUCUCCACUCGUCCUGAAAAGUACCUGGGAGAUAUUGAAGUGUGGAAUCAAGCUGAAAAGCAACUUGAAAACAGCCUCAAUGACUUUGGUGAGAAGUGGGAGUUAAACCCUGGCGAUGGAGCUUUCUAUGGGCCUAAGAUUGACAUUCAGAUUAAAGAUGCCAUUGGCCGCUACCACCAAUGUGCUACGAUCCAGCUCGACUUCCAGCUGCCAGUCAGAUUUAACCUCACUUUUGUCAGCCAUGAUGGUAAUGACAAGACAAGGCCAGUUAUCAUUCACCGGGCUAUCUUGGGAUCUGUGGAGAGAAUGAUCGCCAUUCUAACUGAAAACUAUGGAGGCAAAUGGCCGCUCUGGCUGUCCCCACAGCAGGUAAUGGUGGUACCAGUGGGACCAACGUGCGAUGAGUAUGCCCAAAAGGUCAGGCAGCAGUUCCACGAUGCUGGAUUAAUGGCAGAUGUUGAUGUAGAUCCUGGGUGCACGCUAAACAAGAAGAUAAGAAAUGCUCAGCUUGCACAGUAUAACUUUAUUCUGGUUGUCGGUGAGAAGGAGAAGGCGAGUGGAACAGUCAACAUCCGCACCCGAGAUAACAAGGUGCAUGGUGAGCGUACAAUUGCAGACACUGUGAAGAGGCUGCUGGAACUGAAAUGCUCUCACUCCAGGCAAGCUGAAGAGGAAUUUUGACACCAUCUGCUCUACCUGGCAUAAAAAAAGAUUCUAGUUUUCUUAAUUCAGUUAACCACAGAGUUUUUGUGCUGAAGCAGAUUUGAAAUAUAUUUCACCUUGGACCUCUUGCUCCUUUCAGCAGAGAUGUUUCUCUAGUCAGAAAUGUCUCCUUUUGUAAAAAGCAAUUUUUCACAAACCUUGAAGUAAAAUUUCCUGGCCUCUAACCGAUGACAGAUGAAGCGAGCUGAAAUGACUUUCUGUGACCGCAGGGGAAAAUGGAAACGUUAAUUGGGGAUAUCCAUAGCGUUCUAACUACCCUGUUGAGAAUAAAAUACAUUUUGAUAACAAAAGUUAAACAAAAGACCUCAGGCUAAAACACCACAUAGUAACCAUGUGCUGCAGCAGCUUUUGGGAGUGCCUCCUUUAGCAAGGGAAGUGAUGCCUUUGCAGUCCUGUCUGCUGGUCUCACACCAAUUAAAUACGCUGACCCCAACCAGUUCCCAGUGACACCAAUGGGGGCAGUGAGCAGAGGUCUCCCACUUCCACAGCCGUUGGUGCCUUUGGGACUAUCUCUGCUCUCCUUGCCCCAGCACACCGAGCUGCUGACCAAAGCCAGCUACACCCUUUUUGGAAGGCAGUACCUGAAACGUGCUGGCUGUAAGGGUAAGGUCGUUGCAGCUGUAGAAGGGGGAUGAGACCGUCUGGGAGAGGUAGGGCAUAGCAGGGCCAAGGCCAAGAAAAGCAGGAUUCUUGGGAACAGGGAGCGUUUCUGUUCUUGUCCCUGAGCUGUCCUGUCAGUAUGGCAGCACGUGUCACAGCAGAAGCAAGAAUGUACCUAACUAAAAGGGAUAAUGAUAUUUUUUUUUAACUAAAUGCUAUUUUUCGAUGUAAUGGGUGCAUGUAAUGGGUGAAUUCCCUUCAGUGGAAUAUUUCCUUCCCAAGCCUCUAGUCCAGGGCAUCACGGACUCGGUUAGCAGCCCCUCCUCUCUCACAGUUGAGGGAUCCUGUCCAUCAGUUUUGGGUUCGGUUUUUGGGGUUUU